UUUCGCGAUCUGACGGUACGGCUGCAAUGAACGAACAUAAUUGAGAAAUGAUGAAACUUUAUUUUUUUUUUGUUUCAGUUUUCGAAACAUAUCAGAAGGCACGAUUAGUUUUUGUCCAAACUAUGGCAGAAUUAGCUACAAGAUCUAGCAACGUGAAAUGCUUGGAAAGUGCCGGUGUCUUGGAACUGUUAAAGCCCUUGUUGUCUGAUGCAUGCAGCACUAUACGUCAGUGUGCUGUCGUAGCGAUUGCAAAACUCGCAGAACACGAUUUAGACAUAGCAAGGCAGCUUCUAAAUGGAGGAAUCAUUACAAUUACACUUGAAAACUUAAAUAAAUACAAUGUUUACUACAAGCGGUCUGCAUUAUAUUUAUUGAGAGCAGUAGCGAAGCACAAUGAAGAACUGGCGAGCGCAAUAGUCCGCCUGGGAGCUUUAGAACACAUUGUUUCUUGUCUUGAAGAUUUUGACACUCAGGUUAAAGAAAAUGCGGCUUGGGCAGUAGGUUACAUUGGAAAGCACAGUGAGCAAUUGGCCGGUUUGGUUGUAGAUGCAGGCACACUACCCUUGUUAGUACUCGCUUUCCAGGAGCCUGAGAUAAGUUUAAAGCAGAUUUCUGCAGGAGCCCUCGUAGACUUGGCUCAACAUAAGCCGGAAGCAGUAGUCGAUGCGGGAGCUAUUUCUCAUUUGGUACACGGACUAGAAAAUCAGGAUCCUAAGCUUAAGCGUAGUAUACUAUGCGCACUGAGUGCAGUGGCCAGCGCACGGUCUGAGCUGGCUGAAGCAGUAGUGGCUGGUGGUGCACUACCCGCCGCCCUCUUGCACGCCGGCCAUGACGCAGCGCCAGUCAGGCGUGCCGCAGCCUGUCUACUGAGGGACAUUGUCAAGCAUUCGGUCGAUUUGGCUCAGCUAGUAGUGAACACUGGUGGAUGUGGUCCUUUGGUCGAACUAUUAAAAGAGAGUACGGGUGGAUCAAGAGUCCCAGCUUGUAUGGCACUAGGAUUUAUUGCAGGGCAAUCAGAUCAGCUCGCAAUGGCAGUUAUAGAAUCGAAGGCCAUUACACCACUUGUUGAAAUUCUACAAAAGAAAGAUGCAGAAGAUGCAGAGUUGUGUGCAGCUACUUGGACAUUAGGCCACAUCGCAAAACACUCACCACAACACAGUCUGGCUGUUGCUGUGGCCAAUGCUCUACCUAGACUGUUACAACUUUACACAAACCCAAAGUCUUCAGGAGAAGUACAAGCUCGGACAUCAUGUGCAUUGAAACAGGCAUUACAAUGCUGUCUACAUAGACCUGCAUUAGAGACAUUGUUACAUUCUGCACCUGCUUGUAUAUUGAAAUAUGUACUAGCUCAGUAUGCAAAGAUUCUACCCAACGAUGCAAGAGCGAGAAGGCUUUUUGUUACAACAGGAGCAUUGAAAAGAAUACAAGAAAUUGAAACAGUGCCCGGAACGUCCCUGAAGGAGUAUAUUAAUAUCAUAAACAGUUGCUUCCCUGAAGAAAUAGUAAGAUAUUAUACUCCCGGCUACACAGAUUCUUUGCUGGAUAGAGUUGAAGCGUAUACGCCACAAAUACCAGAACUUUUUACUGAUCGAGUGCCGAGUGAUUGCCAAAGCGAAAUGAGUAUAGAGAAAAGAAAUUAGUUUAUUUUUCUUAUAUGUUGUUAAAUACAAUUUAUUAAUACUG